AUGGCUAAAACUGAGAAGUCAUUUCCUAGAAACUUUACAGGUUGCCUAACAUGCGUACAAGUAUUGAAUAUCAUGGUGCUGUUGGGCUUCAUGCUGAACUACGCGCUCCGCGUCAACCUCACUAUCGCGAUCGUCGAAAUGAUUUAUGACGAAAAGGACAACCACACCAUUGCAAACAUCACCGACUCCAUGAACGUCACACAGCAUCCUGAGCACAUAGAACAGACACGAUACCAUUGGGAUACGAAGCAGAAGAACCACUUGCUCGGUUGCUUCUUCUGGGGGUAUGUCCUCACGGAACUUCCGGGCGGUCGACUAGCUGAAAUCAUAGGUGCUAGACGAGUCUUCGGAUACAGCACCUUGCUGGCUAGUAUACUCACGCUUGUAUCUCCCGGCGCAGCGUCAGCUGGCUUCGGAUGGAUAGUUGCACUGAGGGUAGUGUUGGGCUUUCUUCUUGGAGCGACAUGGCCCGCUAUACUCCCUAUGGCCUCAAAAUGGAUUCCGCCGAUGGACAGAUCAAAAUUCAUGUCCAACAUGAUGGCUUCGUCCCUUGGUGCCGCAAUGACUAUGCCGAUCUGCGGGUUCCUCAUCGCGCACUUUGGUUGGGAAUCUGCGUUUUACUUCACUGGUAUAAUCGGAGUGAUGUGGUCCGUGGCGUGGUUCGCCGUGGUGUACGACUCGCCCGCACAGCAUCCGCGCAUCUCUGAAACCGAGCGCAACUAUCUGCUUAAAGCCCUGCCGCAGGAGAGCAACACUAAAGGACACAUGCCGGUACCUUGGCGCAGUAUGCUCCUGUCGCCUCCAGUGUGGGCGAUCAUCAUCACGCACGGCGCUUCGGUCUUCGGCUACUUCACCGUCGUUAACCAGCUGCCCACCUACAUCGAGAGCAUCCUGCACUUCAACAUCAAACACAACGGUCUCCUGUCUUCUCUACCAUACCUGGGCAAGUACCUGUGUGCGCUCGCGUCUUCAGUACUUGCCGACUCGUUGCGACGUAGCGGCCGCCUCUCCACCACGGCCGCAAGGAAACUGUUCACUGGAUUUGCUGUUGGCUUGCCUGGUAUCCUUAUGGUGGUACAAGCGUUCCUGGGCCACGACAGGGUGUGGUCGAUAGCCAUAUUCACGUUGGCGCUCACCAUCAACGGCGCCGUCACCGCCGGGUACCUCGGCAACGGGCUUGAUAUUGCGCCGAACUUCAGUGGUACAAUCUUUGGUAUGGCGAACACGCUGUCCUCCUUCGGCGGUUGGCUCUCCACCUUCAUGGUCGGAGAACUCACCAAAGUACAUAAUACGUACGAGCAAUGGCAGAUAGUCUUCUAUAUCCUGGCCGGCACCUACGUGUUCGGGGCUCUGUGCUUCGUCUGUUUCGGAUCCGGGGAGCUUCAGCCCUGGAACUCGCCGAAGGCGGCCGUACCAAACCAAAAGCAAGAGGAGCAACCCCUCAACGAAGAGAAGGCGUGA